ACUGGCGUUCCGGGCCCGGGGGGGACGCUGCACAGAAGGAAAAGCUGCCGCUCUGCAAGGAGCCUUGCAAGUCCCUCCCUUCUGUGGCGAGCCAGGCAGAGCCCGACAGAAAGAGAAACAGCCCCGGAGCAGCAGCCGGCGAGUGCGUUGGCUGUCUCGGGGAGCCAGGCUGCUCCAGGACAGCGGCAAGCAGCGCCCCCGGAGACAGGAGAGCCGGGAGGCCGCUCCCGGGGACCCCGCGCAGGAGGCUUGUCUGUUAAUGCACAGAAGGAAAUGGAGAGCAAGAGCUCUACAAAAUUGUAUGGAAUCCCCGAGGGGAAGGGCCCUUACUCUAUUGGCUGCACGGACCUGAUGACUGAUUACACGAUUCAGGGAAGCUUCUUUCGUCUGUAUUAUCCUUCACAAAAUGGGGCAAGUAGUGAAGAAACCAAGUGGAUCCCCAGGAAGGAAUAUUAUCGUGGACUUUCUGACUUCCUCAACAUGUACCGGAUGUUAGGAGAGACAUUUUUUCAGUACUAUGUUGGCUCAGUGACAUGUCCUGCAAAAUGGAAUGCUGCUUUCAAGCCUGGAGAGAAAUACCCCCUCAUUAUUUUUUCCCAUGGACUUGGAGCUUUCCGGACUAUAUAUUCUGCUAUCUGCAUUGAGAUGGCAUCUCAGGGUUUUAUAGUUGCUGCUGUGGAGCACAGAGAUAAAUCCUCUUCUGCGACUUAUUACCAUAAGGAGAAUCCUGGUUGUGAAGCACAAGAAGAGGCUACAGAAAAUCCGAACGAGGAAUGGAUCUACUACAGAAAACUAAAACGAAGUGAACAGGAAUUUCCUCUACGCAACCAACAGUUGCAGCAGAGAACAGAGGAGUGUAUCAGAGCUCUUGACCUCAUUCUUGAUAUUAAUAAUGGAAAUCAUGUAGUGAAUGUACUAUCUUUAAACUUUGAUUGGACUCUGUUAAAGGAGUCUAUUGAUACUGACAGAAUAGCAGUGAUGGGACACUCUUUUGGUGCUGCCACAGCCAUUAAGACUCUUAGCAAAGACACUAGAUUCAAGUGUGGCAUUGCCCUGGAUGCAUGGAUGCUUCCUCUAGAUGAUGAAGUUUAUUCCGGCUUCGAACAGCCAUUGUUGUUUAUCAACUCAGAAAAAUUCCAGUGGGUUUCAAAUGUUCUAAAAAUGAAGAAACUUUACUCCACUGGCAAAAUAAGAAAAAUGAUCACUAUCAAGGGAUCAGUACAUCAGAGUUUUCCAGAUUUUACUUUCCUGAGUGGUAAGUUUGUUGGAAAGAUUUUCAAAUGAAAGGGAGAAAUAGACCCAAACAUAGCUAUAGAUAUUAGCAACAAAGCUUCCUUAGCCUUCUUGCAGAAACAUUUAGGUCUGAAGAAAGAUUUUGAUCAGUGGGACGCUCUUGUAGAUGGCGAAGGCCAUAAUGUCAUUCCUGGAACCAACAUUGAUCUACCCUCAACUCAGCCUGAAUCACUAGAAUGAAGAAACUGAUAAUACCGUGCCUUGGUAGUACUGCCGGUCAGCUACUUCCAACAGCUCCAGCGUUUUUCUUUCUCUUGGCAGUCUCACUGCACAUUGAUAAAAGAGUUGCAGGGGUUUAAAUUCAUACCAGCCUAUAAACUUAUUCUUUAAAAUACUGUAAUAAACUUUUGCUUUCUACCAAUUACAUAUUAAAUCAGCUAUUGGAUGGA